CCAAUCAUGAAAUACCAUUUCAGUCUCUGUUUAGUUUUCCAUUUCAUUUUCUUCUUUCCUCAAUAUAUAUCUCCAUUUUCUCCUGGUAUUCGAAAAACAAAGAAAUAUUCCAGUUGCUCGAUCGCCUUCACUUUUUGGGAGGCUCUAAUUCGAGCUGUUUAUGUACAUAAAAAGAUGGGGCAGAUUGGAAACUUCAUCAACAGCUUGAAGGCCCCGGCUCUGAUGACUCUGGUUCAGUUUCUAAAUUCUGGGAUCAAUGUUUUCUAUAAACUUGCAGCAAAUGAUGGAAUGAGCUUGAGGGUUAUCAUUGCUUAUAGAUUGAUGAUUGCCACAGUAGUUAGCACUCCAUUUGCUCUCUUCCUGGAAUGGGGAUCCCUAGCUCAAACUUUGUAUCUCCAGAGCAUGGUGUACACAUCUGCAACGUUUGUUUCUGCCAUAAACAAUCUCGUUACAGUCUUCACUUUGAUUAUAGCGGUGUUUUCAAGAUUGGAGACACUGAAGCUUGGAAUGGUAGCUGGGAAGGCCAAACUGAUGGGGAUAUUAAUAGGAAUAGGUGGUGCAGUGAUGCUAACAUUAUACAAAGGAGCAGAAAUUAACAUCUGGUCAACAAACAUUAACCUUUUGCACCCUGAUCAAGUCUCUGCACAUCCAGGACGUUCCCAUCCUGGCACUUCCACUUUCAUACUAGAGUGUUCUUAUUACCCUUUGCACAGAAAAGGAUUGGAGCAGAUGGAAGUUGGACUGGAAUAUUGGUCUCCUUACUGUAGUCUACACGGUAUGGAAUUAGCUAGCUCUACAUUGAUUUUCUUCUUGAUCUCAUGGGGGUUGCGCAACAAAGGCCCCCUCUAUGCUACCAUUUUCAAUCCACUUAUUCUCAUCUUUGUAGCCAUCAUAGCAUCUUUGUUUCUGGAUGAGAAACUACAUCAUAGUGGGAGGAAUAUUGAUCAUUUUUGGGCUGUAUGUGGUGCUGUGAGGGAAGGCCAAAGAAAUGAAAUGGAACACUCAGUCUCAAUUGAUGCCAACAACAGCAUUUCCGGAAGAUGGAUCAGUUGAUAUAAUUAUUGUAGAAGCUCCAACCAAUACUGAUACCACUAAGAAAUCUACAUGUAAAAAGGAGAGGACGAUAUGAGAUAAUUGUUGUAGAAGCUCCAACUAAUACUGAUACCACUAAGAAAUCUACACGGAAAGA